AUGGCAUCCAAGGUUGUUGUCAUUGGCAGCGUGAAUGGCCAGCUAAGUGCUGCUUUCACUAAGCUUGCCAAGUUACAGCCGAAGCAAAAUUUCUCUUUUGCGAUCAUUGUCGGAGACCUCUUCGGUGACUGCUCGACCGAGUCCGAGCUUGAUGAGAUCACUGGCUUACUCCAGGGCAACACAAUUGUGCCAUUGCCCACUUACUUCACUGUAGGCAACCGACCACUUCCCACUCGGGUGAUUGAAAAGAUUCAGGCCGAUGAUGAAGUGUGUCCCAACUUGUUCUUCCUUGGAAAGCGCGGAACACUCAAGACAACAGAGGGUGUUCGAAUUGUCGCUCUUGGUGGAACCUUUGAAGAAAAGGAAGGACGUGCCCCUGAGAGCAAUGCUGUUGGUAAAUUCCAGUCGACAUACAACGAAGCUGAUGCUCGUGCACUGUUUGGCCUCCACCGCACCGAUAUCCUCAUUACCAACCAGUGGCCAAAGGAUGUCCGACUAGGAUCUAGCCAGAAAGUUGCGGGAGAUGAAAGUGGCGUGCCAUCUGAGUUGCAAUGCAUUGCCGACGUGUGCAACACCUUGAAGCCCCGUUAUCACUUUUCUCGCUCGGACACUGGUUUCUUUGAGCGGGAGCCGUUCUUUUACAUGCCUGCAGAAGAAGGAGAUGGAUACCAAACAACCCGCUUUCUAUCAUUGCCAUCAUACGGCUCAAGAAAGGACGCACUAUACGCCUUUAACCUUGACCCAUCAGUGGCACCUGCAAUCAGUAUUCCCGUUGGCUGCACCAUCUGUCCAUGGUCAGCUGUACAAACAAAACGCAAGAAUCUGCCCAGUCAGCAUGAAUCAUACCAGCGGUUCUCCCAGCCUGAUGGAGAAAGAGACCCAGAGCAUAGGCGCCGGCACAAGAAGAACCGUGCUCCACCACCAGGUCCAGAGCAGUGCUUCUUCUGCCUCUCAAACCCGAAUAUCGCUACUCAACUUAUCACCUCCAUCGGCAAUGACAGUUACAUUACAACGGCCAAGGGACCUCUUCCGAAACCCGACUUCUUCUCGUCCCUGGGUUUCCCAGGCCACAUGCUCAUAAUCCCAUUCGAACACAGCCCAACAAUCGACUUAAUCUUCGACCCCGAAACUCGAGCCUCAACCUAUACGGAAAUGCAAAAAUACCGCGAAUCGCUCCACCAAAUGCUAAACGAAAAAUCCGGCGGCAAGCUCGGCGCCGUAACUUGGGAAGUCAGUCGCUCAGGCGGAAUCCACACGCACUGGCAAUUCCUCCCAAUGCCAGUAGAAAAGAUCCGCGGCCGUCUCGUCGAAGCAGCCUUCCAAGCCGAAGCAGCAAACCUCAAAUACGAUAAAUUCAAAACAAUCCCAGGCCCCGACGAAAUCGACAACCACGGCAUGAACGAUUUCUUCCGUGCAUUCAUCUGGACGCCUUCACGCAGCGAAGAAGACCAAGCCGGCGAAGGCGAGGGCGAUAUGUGGUCCAAGCCUGGUCACAAGGGCGUGUACAAGACACCAUCCGGCGAAGAGAAGAUUACCAUGUUGCCAAUCCAGCCUCAGAACAGAUUCGAUCUUCAGUUCGGUCGACGUGUCAUGGGCAAGCUUCUUUUGCUAGAUGAGCGACUUGAUUGGAGGAAUUGCACGCAGACAGAAGAGGAGGAAACCAAGGAUGCAGAGGCGUUCAAGGAGGCGUUCAAGAAACACGACUUUACUAUGGAGAUGGAGGAGGCAAGCUAG